AUGUCGCUGCAGGAGGGCCUGUCCCGGGCCAUGCAGGAAUGGCAGCGCACAAGCUCCUUUGACCGCAGGAAAUACUAUGACAUGGCGGCCAAUGUCUCCAGGAAGACCUGCCCCAAGGCCAUGCCCCGCCACCUGUUACCAUCCAGCGCUCCUCAGAGGUCAGACCCCAAGAGGCCAAAGGACAUCCUGCCUGAGGCCAUGCAAGAGUAUGUGGACAUCAUGAAGGGGCUGCUGGGACACGGUGGCCAGUGGGCAGAGGAUGCCGUCCAGCCCGGACAGGAGGAUGGGGCAUUCCCCGACCUGGGGCUCCUGAGCUACAUGGAAGAGCUGUGCUCCCAGGAGGACUUUGUCACCAAGGUGGAGGCCAUCCUUCACCCCCAAUUCCUUGCAGAACUACUCUCCCCAAAACCAGGGAUGGAUCUCUUGGUCCUAAUGGAGGAGCUGGAGCAGGAGGAAGGGCUCACCCCAGAUCAGGUACUACAGGAAGGGAGGGACACCAGGCAGAAAAAGGAGAGCGGGACAGCAGAGUGGACAGGGGGAUGGAGCCCAGGUAGACCAGGGAGGGCAAGACACCUGGUAGACCAGGGAAAAGGGGACACCUGGGAAAUCAGAAAAGGGACACUGGGUAUGACAGGAGGGAGGAACAUCGUGUACAUCAGGAGGGAGGGAUACCAGGUUACAUCAGAAAAGGGACAGGGAGCCUUAGGCAGUGUAGGCACCUCGCCUGUCAGGGGGACACGCUGGCCAGCAGAUGGGUCCAGCGAGGAUGAAGAGCAGCUCCCCAGCCUGGCCUUCUUCAUGGCCUCCCUGCACAGCCUGCUGCCCUGGGUGCCACCUCUGAGCCCCGCCUCCACCUCGGGCCGUCUCCGUCCUGGAGGUCGCAGGCACCGGGGAGCAACCAAGGCCAGAUCUGCACAGAGAAGAGGCCUGAGCUCAGCUACCCAUCUGCCUUCCAAGUCAAAGAAGCGAGAUGUCAUUGGAGGUCCCAUCCCUAGCAGUAAGAAGCUGAAACUGAGUCCUGAGUUUGGGGUCUCUGGGGAGCAAGUCCUAGCUCUGGGCCUGACUGGACCCUCACAGCUGUAA